GGCCUGUUUACUGCCUAACUGCUACUGUUCACUUCCUACAUUCUCUCUCUCUCUCUCUCUCUCUCUCUCUGUGAUAGUGUGUGUGUGUGUGUAUAUAUAUAUGACUCAUUAACUUCUCUUCUUUGCCAAUCACCUCCCUUUUGGGUCUUCACAUCUGCCUUUCAAAUCUCCAACUUCUGAUACUCCAUUUUUCAACAAUGAAAGCAAGGUCAUCAGUAGAAUCUGUAGAACAGGGAAUUUCCCAACAGAAUUUGAAGAAGGUGUCAUGUUCCACUGUGCUUACUUUAGCAUAUCAGAGCCUUGGAGUGGUUUAUGGUGAUCUCAGUACCUCCCCUCUGUAUGUUUACAAGACCACCUUCUCCGGGAAGCUGAGCCUUCAUGAGGAUGAUGAAGAGAUUUAUGGGGUGCUUUCCUUUAUUUUCUGGACAUUCACUCUCAUUGGUCUCUUCAAAUACAUCUUCAUUGUGAUAUCAGCCAAUGACAACGGUGAAGGUGGUACCUUUGCAUUGUACUCCCUACUCUGUCGACAUGCAAGACUUAGCAUUCUACCAAAUCAACAAAGAUCAGAUGAGACGCUGUCUGCAUAUGCUAUAGAAAGAUCAGAAGAAACAUGGCAGAGUUCAUUUCUGAAGUCAUUCUUUGAGAAGAACCCAAAAUUUUCUGAGGGGCUAUUGAUUUUUGUUUUGCUGGGAACGUGUAUGGCGAUCGGUGAUGGUGUACUCACUCCUGCAAUAUCAGUUCUUUCAGCAGUUUCUGGCAUUAAGCUUAAAUUCACAGGACUUCAUGAGAACUAUAUUGUUAUAAUCUCAUGUGUCAUUUUAGUGGGGCUUUUCUCUCUUCAGCAUCACGGAACACAUAGAGUUGCUUUCAUGUUUGCUCCAAUUGUCACAGUGUGGAUUCUCUGUAUCGGUGGCAUAGGGACAUAUAACAUUAUCAAGUGGAAUCCACGUAUAUUUCAAGCACUUUCUCCAAUUUACAUGUUGAAGUUCCUCAGAUGCACCAACAUUGAGGGUUGGGUGUCCUUAGGGGGAGUGGUUCUCUCAAUUGCAGGUGUGGAGGCAAUGUUUGCUGAUUUGGGCCAUUUUUCCACGCUGUCAAUUAAGAUAGCUUUCACAUUUUUUGUAUAUCCUUGUUUGGUUCUUGCAUAUUUGGGUGAGGCUGCAUUCCUUUCUAAGCAUCAUGAAGAUAUCCAGAGAAGUUUCUACAAAGCCAUACCAGAACCAAUAUUCUGGCCAGUGUUUGUCGUGGCCACUUUUGCCGCCGUGAUAGGGAGUCAAGCAGUAAUAUCGGCAACCUUCUCCAUAAUAAGCCAGUGCUGUGCAUUGAAUUGCUUUCCCCGAGUGAAAAUUGUUCAUACUUCAAGUAAAAUAUAUGGGCAGAUCUACAUUCCAGAGGUUAAUUGGAUGUUAAUGUGCCUCUGUUUAGCUGUGACAAUCGGAUUGAGGGACACGAACAUGAUUGGACACGCAUAUGGCCUGGCAGUCACUACUGUUAUGUUUGUGACAAGUUGCUCAACAGCAAUGGUGAUGAUAGUCGUGUGGAAGCAAAAUAUUAUCACAACUGCUGCUUUUCUAGUGUUUUUUGGAUCGGUGGAGCUUCUUUACCUCUCUGCAGCCUUGUAUAAAGUCCCCAAAGGUGGUUGGAUCCCAAUUGUGCUGUCUUUGAUCUUCAUGGCCGUAACGUUUUUAUGGAACUAUGGAACGUUGAAGAAGAACCAGUUCGAUGUGGAGAACAAGGUUUCAAUGAAAAGGAUAUUGUCUCUAGGGCCUAGCCUUGGCAUGGUUCGGGUCCCCGGAAUCGGACUUUUUUACACGAAUCUUGCAACAGGUGUCCCUGCUGUUUUCGGACACUUCGUCACAAACUUACCUGCUUUCCAUCAAGUGGUAAUAUUUAUCUGCAUCAAAUCUGUUCAAGUUCCGUAUGUUAGCAGAAGGGAACGGUUUCUCAUAAGCAGGGUCGGGCCAACAGACUACAGCAUGUUUAGGUGCAUUGUCAGAUACGGUUACAAGGAUCUGCAACAAGAGAACUAUGAUUUUGAAAACAGAUUGGUAUACGAAGUCAUACAAUUUGUAGAGAGAGAAGGACAAUGUGAGCUUCAAUCGGAUGUUGAAGUCUGUGAUUCUUCUGAACUCACUUUAACGUAUCAAAAUCACGAAGAGAAAAUUGUUCACUCAAUAAAAGAUUUCCAUGUGAUGGUGGUGUCUGGGAAUGGGGAAUUGGAAGGUUCUUCUCUUAAAGAUGAGUCUUUGCAGAUACUGAAGGCUAGGGAGUCAGGCAUUGCUUUUAUCCUCGGGCAUUCUUAUGCACAGGCAAAGAAGUCGUCUUCAAUUUUCAAGAAAUUUGCUAUUGAUGUUGUCUAUGCUUUUCUGAGCAAAAACUGUAGUGAAGCUGAUGUUGUGUUGAGCGUGCCUCACGCUUCGUUGCUGGAAGUUGGUAUGAUUUACUAUGUCUAACCAAUACAGAAAUGUGCAUUAUGUACCUGUCGUUACAAAAUCGUUCUGGGAAGGCCAUCCAUUAACUGUUGAAAUACAAGUGAUUAGGAACGAUCAAGGUGGCUGCACGAGCGUGUACCUGCUCUACAGAAUCAUCACAACAAAUUCGCAUGCUACACUCAUAUCUCUAAGAUGUAAAAGACUGAACAAGAAAAGAAGGAAAAAAAAUCACCCUGUUUAUACUAAACUGUUAAACUGUAUAGUGGAAGUAUAUAUAUAUAUAUUUCUUUUUUCUGAAGCAGUCUUAUUAUAUGGAACUCAAAAUGUUUAUUGUUUGCUGGGUUGCUGGGUUCAUCAGAAUAGCACUUAAUAGCACUGCUUAGCAAGAGGGGGUUGAGGGUUGAAUAGUUCAUCUUUGUUGCACACUUGUUAAAAACCUAGAAUAAAGGUGUAAUCAACUGACUGAUCGGUUAGAAACAUCUUUUUUUGCAUCA